GAUUUUAAGAUAACUGGGAACUCGGGAAAAUACGUUUUGAACUUUCAUCCAACUCGGAAUUGUAAAUCCGGAACUCAGGCCUCUUUCUAGAGCUAUGACCUGAAGAUCAAUGACGUCAUCAUGAGUUUACCUUUGUGUUUUUUGAGUUCCAAAUUGUCUUGAAAGCACCAUAAAUCCAGAGAAUGGCAGACUUUGAUGACAAAGUUUGAUGACAAAAUUUGCCCACGAAGGACCGUCGCGCCACCUUCCUGUUCAAGUGAGCACAGCACAACAAGGACUUCUGCUGCUGUGCAUGGUAGCCUCUGAGGUGUGGGAUGCUGAGACCAGGCCCAUAGACUUUGUGUGUGACAGAGAGUCCCGGAGGGACCUAAACACUGUGGCAGACAUGGAAGCUGCAUUGGCUGAUUGUGAUGUCUUGAAGACCCUGCCGUCCCCCAUUCAGCUCCCCUGCAUCAAGGUUCACAAGGCUUCCUGGGAGAGGAAAUCGGCUCAGGAGAAGAGGAGGGACAUAGCUGUGUCUCUGGGUGCUCUGACUGGGAGUGUGAGGGUGGUUAGGACACUGAGUCAGCCUGGCUGUGCCUCAACUCUACUGGAGAGGCUGGAGCAUACUGUCAACAAUUACCUACACAUAGUCACACACCUGGACAUCACGGGGUCUGUGGAGAGCCCAGUGUUGUCCUGUAGCCCUCAGAGUACCCACAGCCUGAGCACUGUUCUGUGGACUUUCAGUAGACUGCUCACUGGCAAGCUGGAGUGGCUUAUGGCUGAUCUGACCCACAGGUGCCCCAGAAGAUGAUGGAGAGGAAACAAGGAGAGGAAGCUGCUUAAGGGUAUUGAGAUGCAGCCACAUAGAGAGAGCUGCUUUAGAGUAUUGAGACGGGCCCAGAGAGGAGAGGAGACAAGGAGAGGGGAGCUGCUCAGAGAGGAGAGGAGAAAUGAAACAACCCCCUGCCACACAGCAGGCAGCCUUUUGUCUGGCUGAUAAAGAAAACAUGUUCAAAUGGAACAUGGAGAUACGUUACCCUCUGCUGGUCAUUAUUUGGAACUAGAGUUCACUGUUUCAGGCUUCAGCGUGGACUGCAGGAUGUUUCUGCAGUACUACUACUACUACAAGGACAAAAGGAAUAAGAAGAAUGUACGCGUUGACACAAUGACAUCCUGAUUGAUGAAAUGAAGGACUAUUUGAUGGCUUGCAGUGUAUGGCACCUACCAACAGAGCAUUUGGAACAAGUGUGAAGCAAUUGGAGUCAUUAUUUGGAUGCGAUCAUAUACUAGUCCGCUUUUAGUAUUUUAAUAUAUUGUUCACUGUACAUUACAUUGGUUUUAAAACUGUAUUUUCAUUAACUAAUUAAUCAGGCUAUAUAAAUAUUUCCUUAUACUUGUGUGAAAUCAUUCAAAUUACACCCACAAAGGAAAUUGUAGCCUGCCUACACUCAAAAAAGCCUGUCUCAUAAAAUGUCAAAUUUUACGCAUCAUGUUUUAAUUAAACUUCUGUGAAAGUAAUACAAAUACUCGCUGAAACCAACCAGCUGUUGUACAAUUUUGGGGUCAUGAGGUCAAGGAGGGACCAUCACUAAUUGGAUAAACAACAAAAUGUUACAAAUGGGCGUGGUCAUUAAAAGACUGACAGAUAGGAAUAGCUUUUGCAGGGAUGGCGGCGAGUAGUGUGGAUGAAAUGGAGAGAAGGUUGGAGAGAAGGUUGGAGAAGCAACAGCUGUGCUGGAGUGCGAUCACUAUGGGUGAUUGUUCUGAUGAUACGGAGUGGAAUGAUGAUGUUCAAGAAUCUGAAUGUUCUGUAAUGGAAAGACAUAGGAAGAAGAGAGAUCAUGAUACUGAAAGGUAGGAAGCCAAAUAAAAUAAAAUACAAACUUCUCACAUGA